UCAAUGUAAACCAGAAACUGUAAUAGCACACAUAACUCUUUGUUCAAAGAUUCAAAUGUCAAGGAAAGAUAACGAAAUAACAGAUUUACCAGUUUCAAAGAUAAUUAGGCAAAUAACAUCAAAACCAUGGGACAGAAACGACAUACGAGUUGUUAAUUGCCUUAUAGUUUUGGCUAUAGCCUUUGUGUCAAGUCUGAUAAUAAAAGGACAUUUUAUCGACCAAAAGACGACUAGAGAAAGAAGAAAUGUAGAUAGAGCAAUCCCAAAUUAUCGAGAAGAAACGCAACCUCAAAACCGAGACAACCUACCUGAAAACACAGGUAACGAAGCGGUAAACACCGAAGACCCGCGUAUGCAGCAACUUAGAAAUGAGAUGGAAAACUUCGAGGAAACACUUUUAAAAUGGGUUGCGAAUAGCGAAACUGCCAUUAAAACUUUGCAAACCUUGGCCGAAGAACUCAAUGUACAUUUUUCAAGAAUAAGAAAAACUAAGAUAGGUGGUUCGGCAGCGGGUAUUGUAGGCGGUGUGUUGGGCAUUGUUGGUCUUGCACUGACACCAGUUACAUUUGGAGCAUCGCUUGGUCUGUCUAUUGCAGGUGGUGUUGUCGCUGGAUUAGGUGGAGCCACUGUUGGGGGGUCAUUUAUUGCAGAUAACGUUCUGUCAAAAAAAACAAAGACAAACGCAGAGGUCGAAUUGGCAAAAUAUUCCUCAGGAAUUAAAUAUAUCAAAGAAAGAUGUUUGGAACUAGGGCAAAAGUUGAAAGACAUUGGAACAUUAGAAAAGAAAUUUCCGGAAUGGGUACGCUUUUGGAUGCUUUUCGCACAUGGACAAGCAUCAGACAUUAGCAAAUUAAACUGGACAACCACCGAAGAACUCAUAAAUACAAGUAUAACAAAUGUUGAAUCAGCUGCAAGAUUUGUUGGUGGAGGAGUUGGAGCUGGAAUCAGAAUUACCGGUGCUGCUUUACGAGUAACUGGAACUAGUCUGCACGUGCCCAGCGGUAUUAUUGGCGCCCUGAUGAUUCCGUUUGAUAUUUAUACGUUAGUAGACUCUGCUUUUGACGUGCACAAGAAAAACAAACAUAAAACUUCUAAAUUAAUCAUCGACAUAUCUGAGGCAAUUGCGGGUGAAAUUCCGAAAAAAGAAAACAUUGAAGAAAUGAUCAAUUGCACAAAAAGCAAUAUUCAAGCAUGAUUCCUUUUUGAAAGUGUGUUAAGCAAUUUUCAUGAAUAAAGAGUCAAUUUCCAGAGGACAUAAGAUUGGGAAGAUAACCACAUUUUGAAAUAUUUUUAACGCAUUUAACAAUGUUUGAUUGGUUCAUCCAGAUGUGCAUUCCGUAUGCAUUUCAACUAUUUCUUCUUUGUGUGAUAUGUUGUGUAUCAUAAUGUUUUUUUUUUGUGCAGUAAAUUUGAUUAGUAUGGAAAUAGAUUAAUUAAAACUAAAAUCAAACAUGAUUUCUGUAAACAUGGCAAUAUAAUAUUUCAACAGACGGGACAAGGUACAUUGACACGUUAUUCCUAACCAGCUAAGCGAUUUAAAUCAUAUCCAGUAGUUAGUGUCAACGCCAGAAUCAACAACAAUUGUUAUAAAACAACUAGCUAUAGAUGGACAAAUGCAUUCAUAUGGAGCAAUGUAAAUGUCUUUUAUAAAAUCAGGAACUGAAAUACUGUUAUACCAUUAAUGCAUUCAACAACUAGUUAACAAUUUAAUAUCAACCAAAAUGUAUUCAUUUUGAAUCACUUUCUUUGUAGUUCCUGUUCUGCUUUUCUGUGUAGGAUUUUCAGUAAUCUAUGUGGCGUUCGGAAGGAGACUCAAUUUCAAACGUUCUGGCACGCAUUACGAUUUUUAUUUUAUGAAUCUUUAAAAACAAAACUAUUGGAGAGGAGGUGAUUCAGUACGACCAAAUUGUUUUCCACAUAAAACAUUGACAAAAGGUUUUUGAGGCUAGAACUGGCGUUGGAAAUUACGCCUACCGAGCUUCAUCCCGUCGACUCAUUUCAAUGCAAAAAAUCAUAAAAACACUUUGUACUUGCAUGUCACUUCAUGUGUUUAAUACUGCUUCAGUUGUUAUCGUUCUUACCAAAAUAAGUAAUAUAGUACAAAUGUGCGUGAUAAUUGUACACUCUGUAUUAUCCCCUUGACCUAUAAAAAUUUUCUGAUAAGUAAGUAUGGAUAUAAAAAUAAGAAGAUGUGGUAUAAUUUCCAAUGUGACAAAUCUCCGACAGAGACUACAUGGCAUAGACGUUAACAACUAUAGGUCACCGUACGGCCUUCGACAAUGAGCAAAACCCAUACCGCAUAGUCAGCUAUAAAAGGCACUGGAGCACUUUAAAAAUUUCUUGUACUAGACAAAAAUGUAUUAUUUCAUAAAAAUAAAAGCAAUAUGUAAAGCCUGGCUCAGAAACAAAUAUUUUGCCCUAUUCCGUUUUUUUUUCGUGAAGCAAACUAUAUUGGAAAUAACAAAUAGACUUAUCCAAUAAAUCUGAUGAAUGAAGUAGAGUUCCAUCCUAUAAGAUACAGAAAUUAAUUUUAGAAUUGCUUUAAUGAAAAAUAAAUGGAAACGCAUGUGACAUCUACGAAAUACAACCAUUUAAACAUCGUUUAAUGAGAGUGCAUAAUUUAGGAUUUUAUGCAUCGUAUAUACGUGUUUUACUCAAAUUAUAGUAUGGAGCUUCGAGACAUUUGUAAACUUUUUAAAUUAUAGACUUUCUAUCAUUUUUAUAUAUUUAGGCUACAGCUUGAUUUUAUAACAUUAAACACUCACAGUAAUAAAAAUGAAAUAUAUCGGUCCCGUGAAAUACCUUUCUAAUGAGUCAUAACAACAGAGUAUGUGUGUUCGAAAAACAAACUUUUACUAAGAGUACUUGACGACAGACUUUACAAGUGGAACUUUAAAAUGCAUAACUUUAAAAAAAAACAUCAUUUGGUGUAUGUUAUCUCAGUUAUUAGUCAUUAACCUCUGAACAUUUUUAGUCUGCCUUUCGACGAAAUUUUUUAUUAGACUUUUUAACUGUUUUUGAACUUGCGAAAAUUCACCCUGACAACCGAUCGGACAAUAGUUUUUAAGGUUCAUCAAAAGGAAUUAACAAAAUAUGGCCUUGUUUACACCAUAAAAUCUACUAUGAGUACAGACAAAAUGAUCCAUCUAGGAAAGUUUUAAGGCAUGGCAGGAUAUAUAAAAGUUUUAUGUAGUCUAUGUUUCAGAAAAUUAAAAACUUACCUAGAUUUUGAUAUACAUUUUUUCCAGUCUGCAGAAGAUAGCAAAAUAAACAAACACAUGAGUUUCAUUUGAUACGGUCCACACAGUUACACAGUUUAAAUCAACUAUUGUUUGCAGAUGUCUAUUGUCCAUCUAUUAUCCAUUUUUUAAAUAAAAAUCAAGACUACUCACAACAUUUAUUAUAUGAGGGGAGCUUCUCGAACUUUCCCAACUUAGUUUAUUUUGGCACCUUCUGCAGGAAUAAAAAAAAUGAUUAGCAAAAUCCAGACAAGUUUAUAUAUUUUUGAAACAUAAAAUGCAUUUAAAAUUUAAUUAUCUAGUUCUUGUCAUGCCUUAAAACUUUUCCAGGUGCACAGGUGUGUUUGUGAUCAGAGUAAAAUUUGUGGUGUAAAUACGGCCAUAUUAGCCAAAAGGUUAUGAUAAACCUUAAGUUGACUAAAUGCAGAAAAGUAUAUUAAAUGUUGCUCAAUAGUUUGUCGAUACAUUAUUCUUUUAAAAAACAACUGGCAUAUAAGGAUCGUAAAGGUGCUAUUUGGAUAAAUUUAUCGGUUUUCCAGAGCUAAAUUGGCAGCGCGUCAUCCCUACAAUGGCUUCCAUUUUUACGAUUGUAAAAAUAAGCUGGCGUAAUGCCGACAUAAUUUUGACGAAGUAGAGUCCUGACUUCUAUGUCUUCAUGCCACUUUAUCAUAGGUUUUUAUACCAGUCCACUUUAUCAGAUGUUUGUUUACCACUGUUACUAAAAUACUAUAUAUACAAAUGUAGAUGUAAGACAUAUUGCCCACAAAAUAUGGUGGGAUGGAGUAUUUAACAUAUACUCUGUAUGUUUCUUAACAUCUGCACAAAAAGUUUAAAUAGAUCAGAAGCAGCAAUUGUUAGAAACGCCACUUAAUUCACAAAAUCAAGCGUAAUAUAUUUUGUUAUAUCCUUUUAACUUGAUCAAGUUUACAAGUGUUUCUUAAUUUUUAUAAUUUGUGUCUAUUACUGUAUUAUGCAAUUUCUCAUGAUUCAUCUUGAAAAAUAAAAAAAUGUCAUCAAAUUAACUGAAAGACUGAAAAUGACUUAAUGCGUUAUUGUGCAGACUUAUCAGAUGAUGUUAAGAUCAAAAUGAUCGUUACAGACU